UCGAAAACCAAGCCCCAUCAUCAAGCCAAAAAAGCUGCAAUUCGAUCCAUACCCGCCGGAAACGCAGCCGAUAUCUCCACCACUCCCAAUACGUAGGACCCAACAUGUACAACAAGAAACAAACGUACAGCCUACAAGGCAUGAACCUUCGUCCAAGACAUGGUAACGGCACCACCCAAGCUUGCGCUGCGUGUAGGUACCAACGCAGGAAGUGCGCUCCCGACUGCAUUCUCGCCCCUUAUUUUCCUCACGAUCGCCAAAAACAGUUCCUCAACGCACAUAAAUUGUUUGGAGUCAGCAACAUCAUCAAGAUCAUCAAGAAUCUUGACCAACCCGACAAGGAAGAGGCUAUGCGCACCAUCAUUUUCCAGUCCAACGUCCGUGCCAAUGAUCCUGUCGGUGGAUGUUGCAGAAUGAUACGGGAUUUGCAGCGUUUGAUCGAUUACAACAAGGCCGAGCUCGAUAUUGUUCUUCACCAACUUGCCAUAUGCCGAGCUCAGGCUCAUGAUCAACAGCCUGAUCACUCCCAAAUUCCAAACGUAUUAGAUGCUGCAUUCAACUCCGAGAAUGAUUAUAUUAAUAUUAGUGCAGAUCCGACUCUGGGUUCAUGCAACGCAUCAGUACUGCAAUAUCAUUAUCUUGGACAGCAUCAAGAACCAUACUUUGUUAUUAAUAAUGAUAGUUUGCAAGAAGAUGUUAAUGCAUGGGCCGUGCAAGAUUCUUUGUCGAUGUCAUCUUUGCACAUUAAGCAUGGCGCAGACGAUGAAUGCGAUGAUACCAAACCAGUUUUUGAGAGAUCUUGUGAAAGAAACGAGAUGAAGUUCGAGGCUGAAGAUCAAAGAGUCGAAAGGAGUUACGAGGGCAUGUUAAGGAUAGGCAAUGCAGAAGAUGGCUCCUGCAUCCAGCAAGCUCAUGAUCACGAUGAUAUUAAUGAUGAUGAUCAGGACCAUGAUCUAAAAGGUUUUUCUCCUUAGCGCCGCUCCUCCCUGAUCUACUGCUUUCUGAUAACUUCCGACCAACAUGCGACGCCGAUUCAGCCUCUCUGGUCGUUAAUCUUCAGGCUCAUAGAAGAAGAAUUCAAUUCUGCCUGGUGAGUUUGAUGCACGCGCGACCUCAACUAUGCUGGUUUUUUAGUCACAGCUGCGUACCAAAUGAGAUUCGGCCGCCACGUGUGGCCCCAUUGGACUCAGAGGCCUCAGAUCUACUCGUUUGUUCACCUCCUCAGGUGACGCGUGUCAUACACGCACCGCCACAGCCUGUGUUGGUCUAUUGCCGCCGACUUGGCUUGGAUUCCGACUGCUCUAUAUUACUGUUUUUCCUAACCGGUGAUCUUGAAAGAGGGAUAGUAAACAUUUUCAAAAAUCUAUUCCAGACAAUAUAUGACAGUGCACUCGCCACCAUCACCACUUCUAGUAUAGGAACUAUAGUUCUAUUAUUCAUUUUUUUGCAAACAUUUUUCGUCUUUAUGUAAGACGGCGUCUUCUUAUAAGACAGGGAUAAUGACCAAAAUAUUAGUUCUAAAUAAAUCACACCCCCUCUCUAUGUAUUUAGCACUGUUUUCUAUUACUUUAGAGUGGAUGUUGAGAAAUUUCACCCCCUCUU